AUGACUUCGAACGUCUACUUCAAUGAAGGAGACGUUAUCAACAAUCGAUUUACAGUGAUCCAAAUGCUCGGAGAAGGUAAUUCAAUGUUUAUUAGGUUGUUUUUAAAUUUUUAGGCAUAUUUUUGAUUCAGGUUUUUGGAAAGAAAGUUCUUGCGGAAGGAAAAUCCGGGCGGACAUUGAAUUUUUUGCGGUUUUUUCCUUUGGAUCGAUAAAACAAUUGAUAACUUGUUGAUUUUGAUCUCUAUCAAAAAUAUUUUAUUGUUUUUACCUUCAGGAGGCUUUGGAGCAGUAUAUAAAGUAAUAACAUCGGACAAUCAGACCUUUGCGAUGAAGUCAGAGACUCAUAAUCCAGACGGAGUUCUCAAAAUGGAGGUGUUGAUCUUAAAAUUGGUGAAUGCGAAAGGUUAUGCGCAUUUCUGUCGCUGCAUUGAUGCUGGAAAGACUUCAACUGCGACGUUGUACAUGGUGAUGACUUUGCUUGGGCCAAAUUUGUCUGAACUUCGAUCUGAUUUGCCUGAUCAGAAGUUCAGCAUGGGAUGUUCGUUGAGCGUGGGGAAACAGUGUGUCGAAGCGAUUCAGGAGAUUCACAGUGUUGGGUUUUUACAUCGGUAAGGGUUUAAAAUUAAAAAUUUUCGUAAAUUAAAAAAAUCGAUAAUUUUUGUGACAUUUCGUGUAUCAUUAUCUGUUUAUUUGUUUUUUAGUGAUUUAAAGCCCUCAAACUUUGCUAUCGGGCCAGAAACAAACUCACGACGAAUCUUAAUGUUUGACUUUGGCCUAGCUCGUCGCUAUCGCAACUCAGAUGGCACAGUCCGACCUCCGCGAGUCGCUCCCGGCUUCCGAGGCACAAUCCGUUACGCACCAUUGUCAUGUCAUGUAUACCGUGAACAGUCGAGAAAAUGCGACUUGGAAACUUGGUUUUAUCAACAAGUUGAACUGACGAGAGGAGCACUGCCGUGGCGUUGUAGUGACGAUCGGAAUCGUGUCGGCGUCUUCAAAGAAAAGUGUAGGUAUGGCCUGGGUCUAAAGGAGUUUUUGAGUGGGUGUCCAGCUGAAUAUGUGGAGAUUCUGAGGUACUUGGAUAGGUUACGGUAAGUUUUUUUGAUUUAUAAAAGCGUUUUUGGUGUUUUUAUUGAUUUUUGAAAAUUUUACGAAAUGCCACAAAAUAUAUUGGUUUUUAAAAAUUGAUUUUUUGUUUUGGAUGACGUUGUUAUAGUCAUUGGGAUGGUUAAAAUAGCUUAUAAAGCAGUGUAGCUUCCUAUUUGGUUUUUGAAGAAAUCUCACAGACAUUAUUGAUUUUUUAAAAAUUUUUGGUAGGGCCUAACAAGGGAAGUGUCUCACCUCAUUCCGGAGAUAUGAAGCGAGACUAGGCUCAUUUGAAAGCCUAUAUGAAUACAAAUUUAACAAAAAAAAUUUAGCUGCCGAAUAAGCCCCUGAGGCAAGUUAUGACGGUUUAAAAAUUUGCAGUGCUUUCCUUAGUUUGAGUUUGAAAACGAUUGGGAGCGAGAAAGAAAACAAGGGGAACCGAUGAUUCGGUGGUUCAGUGGUUAGGCGUUGGGCUUAGGGGUGAAAGGAGAAAGGUUCGAUCCCUGCCAACUCGUUUUGGUUUAACAGCUUCCAAAAAAAAGUUUUUUUUGUUUUUUAUGCUAUACAACAGUCAAUAAACUAGUUUUAAUCAUUUGAAAUCAAAAAUUAAGCUGUUUGACAAAUUAUUAAACUUUAAAAUUUUUUGGAAAUGCUACGAAAAUUAUCGGUUUUUGACGAAAUGUCAAAAUAUUAUUGGUUUUCGUAAGACUAGAAUUCACUGGUUUGGCAAUGACUUUAAAGAUAGCAAAAAUGACUAAAUACAUUUUUAAAAGAUUGAAAUUUAAUUUUCUUUACAUUUAGAUACUUUGACACACCCAAGUACAAGCUCAUCCUAGACCUCAUGGAUCAAGCUUUGGAAUCGCUGAAUCUCUCCGAAUAUCCAUAUGAUUGGGAAUCGACUAGCAAGUUAUACCAAAAAUUUAUGGCAAAGAAAGAAGCGGACAGACUGGCAGAGAAACAAGCAAAAGGUCCACGACCAACGUUAACAGCUACCAAUAAUGUUAUAUACACAGCCAGCAAUUCAAAGGAUUCUUGA